AUGAAUGCUGCUCCUGGAUUGGCUGCUGUGCAGACUACAGCCAAUAGCGGUUUUCAAAAUAUCAUUUCGUUUGGGAACCACUUUGGUGAUUAUGUUGUGUUGGAAAACGUAGAAGAGGUGUGUGAGUCAGGUCAUGUCCCAUCACAUAUAAGAUGUCCAUCAUAUGCUAAAACAGGACAUCCUCUAGAUGGACCACGUGUACCUGAAGUGAAGGCAGAAUGGCAGGUGGAAGCCAUGAGAGAUUCUUGCCAUUUAGCCAGAAGUAUUAUGAAUACUGUCGGAGAAACUAUUCAGGCAGGGAUGACAACUGAAGACAUAGAUGCACUUGUCCAUAAGAGAGUAAUUGAGAGUGGAGCAUAUCCCUCACCACUGAAUUAUCGGGGAUUUCCAAAGAGUGUUUGCACAAGCGUCAAUAAUGUGGCAUGUCAUGGAAUCCCCAAUAAACGGCGACUUGUAGAUGGAGACAUUGUUUCAGUGGAUAUCACAGUAUUCUCUAAUGGAUAUCACGGUGACUGCUGUGAAACGUACUUAAUUGGAAACGUAGAUGAAGCUGGUAAGCACUUGGUGAAUGCAGCGCGCAGAUGUCGGGAUGAAGCAAUAGCCAUAUGUAGGCCAGGAGUUCCAUUUUCUGAUAUAGAUAAUGAUUACCCAGGGACAAUGGAGGAAGGAAUGACCUUCACAAUUGAACCAAUAGUAGCCCAAGGAUCAGAGAGGUUAUCAUUUUAGAAGAUGGUUGGACAGCUGUUAUGCUUGACAAUGGGCGUGCUGCUCAGUUUGAGCACACUAUUCUUAUCACAUGUAAGGGUAAUGAAAUUUUGACUCAGUACCAUUAAUUAAGAAUUGUGUAAAUGUUGAAAAAGAAAUUUUCUGUAAAUAGUGGCACAUAGCCAAAAUAGAUAACUUAACCUUUGUCACCAAGACAUUUAAACCUAUGUGGAAUUAUUCUGAUUUACUAAUGUUGCAUUUUAAGAUUAAAUCCUUUUCAAUAAAGAUAAGUCAAAAGA